UCCGAGGAAUUGAGCGUCCGGGGGGCUUGGCUCGUGGGGAAGAGGAAAGGGGUGGGGUGAGACUCUCAGGCCAGAAUGGACGCGGAAUUUGCCAAGGAAAUCUUCCGGGGGGUGUGCGCCGCGGGCGGCUCUAUGAAAGUCAGCGAGAUUAAGGUCCGGCUGGAUUCGGAGCGCCUGGCCUCGAUUCUGCAGGAUAAAAUGAAAUUCAUCGUGGUCAUCCGGGAGGACCCCCCCUCGGCGGCCAGCAGCGAAGACCACCGUGUUGUCGUGGCUACUACUGGGGCGCGGCUGUGCCGCGAUCACGGCACAGGGAAGUGCGCCGGUGGCUGCCGGCAGCUCCACCUCUGCCGGUACUUCGUCUACGGGGGGUGCCGCCAAGAGGCCUCGAGGAAACCAUGCAAGUUUAUCCAUGAUAUUAAUACAGGCCACAACUUCUCUGUCCUAAAAGAACAUGGUCUAGAUAUCUUAAACUCUGAUGAAUUAUGUCAACUGCUGCUUCAGAAUGAACCUUCACUCCUGCCUGAGAUCUGUCCAUAUUACAACAAAGGAAAUGGGCCUUAUGGAUCAUGCACCUUUAAGAAGAUCUGUGUUAAACUUCACAUAUGUCAGUACUACCUCCAAGGAGAAUGUAGAUUUGGGAGUAACUGCAGACACUCUCAUGAUAUUUUUAAUCCUGAAUGUUAUGAGAAGCUGGAGAAGUGGGGGAUGAGCCAAACUUUGAUUAGUAAAAUUCCAUUGAUCUACAGGAAUGUGUAUGACAUAAAAAACAACACAUCUUCAAAAUACAGAGAGAGAAAAGAAAACCAAGUAGUGUCCACCACAGACAUUGAUGAAUCAGAUAUGAUUUGCUUGUACCACAUUAGGAAAAGUUGUAGCUUUCAAGAUAAGUGUACCCGAAUUCACUACAAUUUGCCAUAUAGAUGGCAAGUUUUAGAUCGUGCUUUGUGGAAAGAUAUGGACAAUAUGAAGAAAAUUGAAAAAGCCUACUGUGACCCAGGCAAUGAAAGUAUAUUCCAUUUCGGAGGACCGGAACAGUCUUUAUUCAUGCAAUCUAUCAAUUUCUCCAGUAUGACAUGGGGCUCUGCUAAAAUUAGACGGCUUUCCACAGCAUCUUCAGUGACCAAGCCUCCAUACUAUAUUCUUACAACAGAUUGGAUCUGGUACUGGAAGGAUGAGUACAAUCUAUGGAUCGAAUACGGAAAGCAAGAUGAUCAUCAUGCUGCUGCUACUAUAUCCAGCUUUGACUUGGAGAAAGCCUACCAGUCUGAAGCAUUUACGACACUCAAGUUCUCAGCUGGGACACAGAAUUAUGAGAUUGAUUUUAAAGCCAUGAAACAGAGAAACCUAAAAUAUCAGACGGAAAGAAGUGUUUGUAGACGGCCUAAGUUUGUGUCUACAGAAGAAGUGGAGAAAAAGAAAAGCAGCAGAACAAAGCAAUCAAAGGAAAGUGCUACACACAUUCCACCUCACUGGGACCAAUCAGCUUUACCAGAACUGGGAUACAAGCUGAUCAACCUCCUUCUAUCCUCCAGUGAGUACAUAAAAGUCCAGACUAAUUUUCAGCGCACACUGCCCAAGGCCACAAUAUUGACCAUCAAAAGAAUCCAGAAUGUGUCUCUUUGGGAAGUUUAUCAGUGGCAGAAAGAGCAAAUGAAGAAGGCAAAUGGGGGAAAGGAUGUAGAUGAAAGGUCUCUGUUUCAUGGAACAAGUAAAAACCAUGUUGAUGCUAUCUGCCAGCAGAAUUUUGAUUGGAGGAUCUGUGGUGUUCAUGGUACGGCUUAUGGCAAAGGAAGUUACUUUGCAAGGGAUGCUGCAUAUUCUGAUAACUACAGUGGAGUCAAUUCUUCUAUCAAGAUCAUGUUUCUCGCCAAAGUAUUGGUGGGAGAUUUUACAAACGGCUGUUCUUCCUAUCUCCGCCCUCCCGCCAAAAAUAACCAGAGCAAUCUUUUCUAUAACAGCUGCGUGAACAGUCUCCUGAAUCCAUCCAUUUUUGUCAUUUUUGAGAAGCACCAGAUUUAUCCAGAAUACCUGAUUGAAUACAAAAAUUAAAUUUGGGGGUAGACCACGUAUUCCUGUUUAAUGCACUGCUAAAUGAGCUACUUUCUGGAUGACUAUUGAAGACCUUAGUCAUGUUAACAGUAUCAGCAUUUUGUUGAUUGAUUUUUAAACAAGUUUUUAAUAGAUUAAAAAAAUAUCCUCUUUUCCUCCCCGUGCAAUUGGGCAUCCUAAAUGUAAAAAGCAGACUUAAUUUUUAACGUUAAGUGCUUUUUUGUAGAAGAGAUGUUAUUCCUUUCUCAAGGAGGAAUAAUUUUGCUUUGUUUAUACUUGUUCUGAUAGCUGUAUAUCAUGUAAAAUCCAGGAUCAUUCUUUUGUAUUCGAUGAGGAAAUUUAAUCAGUUGAAUCUGAAAUUACUUAUUGACUAGGUUUUCCUAGGGGAGCCACACCCAUAAUCCUUAGCCUUAAAUAGUAACAUCACCAUCACCACCAUCCCCUUUGCAUUAAUUGCCGUAGGGGAUUGGAGUGGUUUGAAAAAGUGCUUUGGGACAGCAUGCACACACACACUAUAUGUACAUAAGGCAGUGUAUUAUCUACAUGUGCCUUUUCCCGUAGAUAUGGUAUCCUCACACUUGUUCUGAAACAAUUUUACAAUCUUAAAUCUGAAGCACUGGAUAUUUAUAAAUACCAGAUAAAGUCACAAGUGCCCACAUGAAGAAACACUGAUUUUAAUAAUCUCUAAGGUUCUAUUUGAAAUUGUUCUACUGUUUUUACAGUAUAUUUUAAUAUUUUAGUAUUAAACUAUUAAAUGGCUGUUCUGUCUUUCUAAGGGCAUGAGGGUAGAGACAAACCUUCAGUUCAGAUUACCUUAUCUGUACAUCUUAAAGCUCCAUAUGAAUCAUAUAACUCUUGACUUCUAUUUAAGUUCUAGAAGUAAGUACUUUUUAAAUGUCUUUUGUAGUCUUUUUUAAAACUUUUGAAAUAUGACUCCAGAAUAUUCUCUCAGCAUGGAAUUACAGCCCUAAUCAGCUGUAAAACAUCGAGGAAUGCUAUUAUAGCAUUUUUCUCUGAUUUCCUUUGCUAACUUUUGUGCUUCCUCUUUGAUAAAGUGAUAUAUCAUUGCAUAUAAUGAUACAAAAAAAAUUCUCCUUACAUUUCCAGUCACUAGAGACCAACUUCUUAAAAUUUUAGAUUUUGAAUAUAUGUUGGUAAAUGUUGCUUAAGAACUUGCCAUCUGUUUAAAUAAACUUUAGCAAAAGAAGUCUUGUUUGGUUGUAUUAGAUAAUAUCAUUUUUUUGCAUCUCAAUGGAUAUAUAGUUGGCUGUGGUGACUUCAUCACGUGCUACUGAAACUUCUGGAUACAGCCCUUUAGUGAGAAUAUGAUGAAUGUAGUUGAAUGGGUCCUUUACUGAAUUACAGAUAUGUAAUGAAAUUCUUGGAGCAAACCAUAUCUAGAUACAGCUGUAAAGCUCUUUCUGGUUUUUGUGCUUCAGAUAAAUAUCUGAUUUUACCUUAAGGAAUCAUUCUUCCCAACAUAUCUGCUUUCUCUAAGUAUAAAUUAUAGGUCAGUGAUGGCGAACCUUUUAGAGACCAAGUGCCCAAACUGCAACCCCAAACCCACUUAUGCAUCGUCGGGUGCCGGGUGGCCCAUUGGGUGGGCGUGGCUGCGGUGGUAAAGGGUGAGAC